AUGGACGACCAUGCGAACCUGAUUUCCAACAUCAGCGCGGCAUUGCAGGCGACGUUGAAUCCUCGCAUUCCCAACGAUGUUCGCCAACAAGCCCUCCAACACCUCGAGGCCGUCAAAUCCCAGCCCGACGCGCCACAACAUGGCUUCACCCUCGCCGAUGACUUUCAACAGGAUGAUGCCGUACGGUAUUACGGUCUGCAGUUGCUGGAAUUCGCCGUGAGAUAUCGGUGGAAUGAAUACACCACCGAUCAGACGGAUCAGCUGCGCACAUGGGUCAAAUGUUUGGCGGGAAGUCUACGAGAGCAGGAUGCUCGCCUGCUGCGCAACAAAAUCGCUCAGUUGUGGGUGGAAGUGGCCAAGAGAUGUUGGGGAGACGACGAGUGGAUGGACAUGGAUCAAUUGUUGGGGAAUCUGUGGGAGAGGGAUGGCAAAGGUGCGUCGAAUAAGCUGCUGGUGUUGGGCAUAUUGGAGGCCUUGAGCGAGGACAUCAUCAACCACGAGGACGCCGUGGCUGGCUUGAGACUGGAUGUGCUGGGACACGCCUUGAAUGAGAUUAUGAUUCCCGCGGAAUUGUAUGCUCGACAUGCGCAGACUCGAGGGGCGAGACAGGAGGUGCGGUGUGGGGAGGAGGGAUGGUUGGCGAGGAUGUGCGAGUUCUUCGGAUUGUGUGUGCAAGAGGCGAGGAAUGGACGGGAUGUGGCUCUCUACGAAGCGUGUGCGAUGAGUGCGUUGAACGCCAUUCGUCCCACGAUGAGCUGGAUCAACCUCCGGGCGGCCGAGGAGAUCAACUGUGUCGAGGUUCUCUUCGUCCCACUCCACACCGACAAUAUCCCUCUACAGACUGCCGCGAUUGAAGUUCUGUAUGCGCUGCUGAGUCGGCCAUACAAUGUGCACUUCAAAGACACUUGGACCCAUCUUCUCAAGUCGGUGCUGCAUCGAGAUCGCAUGGCCUUGAUCCGGAGAGCCUUUGAGAACGCCAUGACGGGACCCGGCGAGGACGACGAAAAGUACACCUUGCUGAAGAAGUUGUCCGAGCUGCUCUCCGUUUUGGCCGAUGCCAUUGCCUUGCAAACAGAUCUGAUCGAUGACUCGGUGGAUCUGCCUGCCGUCUUCGACUUGCUCAUCUUGGUCCUCCAACACAAAAGUCUGACAGUCUCUAUCCCGGUACUGCACAGCUGGACAAAGAUGGUCAAUGCUCAGGAGGAUGCCAUUGUCGAUCUGGUUCUUGCUGCCCUUCCCACUCUCCUCCAGACGUGUAGCGAACGUCUGCUCCGCUAUGAAGCACUCCCCGAAGACUCCGAGGACGAAAUCUCUCAAUUCCUAUCCGAAGACUUUGAUACCAUUCCCGAACGCCACGCUUUUCUGGGAAACUAUCGUCGCUAUUGCAACACCAUCAUCACCUCCAUUGCUCGUUCUCGACCAAUCGAUGCGCUGUCGUUGGUCUUGCAGGAAAUGCAGUCGAUGCUGGAAUAUGGCCCAUACACCUCGGCUCGAGGCUUUGACAGCUCGAAUUACUCCCGAAACGCUCUGCCUAUACUCAAGUUUGAUGCCCAGUUCAAUGUCGUUACUAGCGCGCUGAGAGGUUAUUCUGCCUGGGUGGGGGACGUAUCAGAUAUCACCCCCGAACAACCUCUAUACAUGAAGGUACAGAAAGACUCACAAGAGGCAUCGGAAUCUCUACAACAAUGGAGCGGCGGGCUGGUCAACAUACACACUGAUGAUCCCGCAGUCGCGGAGCAAGUGCUCUGCACGCUGGUUAUGGUUUUGAGAUAUCUCAGGUCGCCACCGCCAAACUUUGUCUUGAGUAUGGUCCAGCAUCUCCUCACCAUGAGGUUGUAUGACCACCCCGCACACACCGCCUUCUCUGAUGCUGUGAAAGGGUUCGAGGCGUUGCGCGUCGUGGAGUUGCAAAAGAUGGCUCUUACCUUUUCAAACGCUUUACUCGAUGUCUACCACGAACUCGAGCCUCGGAUUGAAGUCCUUGUUCAGAAACAUGCCGAUGACCAAAGGCUCGUCUGGGGCUACAAAGCGUUCUUGUUUAUGAUCCUCCAUCGCGCAACCACAGAGAUUGACAAGGACAUGCGCAUGAACAAACUCAACAGUAUGAUGAAACCGCUCUUCGACGCCUGGACAGACCCCACCCUCACCGUCUCCGUGGAAUCGUUGCAAUCAUUCUGCGAUGCGAUCGGGAUGGACGACUUGCCUUCAUUUUACAAGUCCCACGGCUUCGACACAAUCCAAGACUGGUCCACUACUCAACUGAACGAUUCUGGUGUUGCCCGACAAACCUCAAUCACCUCCAAAGCCAACCACCUUCCCCUACGAAUGACCAAAUCUAUGCWCAGCGCGACGACGGAAAAGCUCAAACCAAACACUGAACAGUAUGAGAACGCCCGCUAUCUGUGGACGCCGCUUAUACCAAAAAUACUGCCCAAUCUUCUUCAAAUGCUUCGUCAUGCGCAAGCUUUUCACAAUCUCACCCACUGGUCUUACCUCCCUCCGGAACUUCAGGCGGUUGUGAAACGCACCCUCCAGGACCGCUUCUGGCAGAGUGGUAUUUCCAAUGAAAGCAAAGACGAGUUCUACGCCCGCGUUUCCGGCUCGAAAUCAUCAUUCGAGGGCUUCGCGAGUACAGUUCGAGGAACGAUGCGGAAUGUCCGCGAACAAGGAUAUCACAUCCUCUACCUAAUGACGAAGUUUGAUGAGGAGUUUUACGGAAUCGGAGAGGGCUUCCCGGAGAUGUUGGCGGAAGUGCUAUUCCAGGACGCCGGGUGUCUGAGUGCGAACCAUUUGCAUCCCAUCAUCAAUCUGACAACAGGAUUGGUGCAGAGAUGUCCUCCACAUUUACGAAGAGGUUUCCUGCCGCCGGUGCUGAGAGGACUCUUUCAGACCAUGGACAAAAAGAUUUCUUCAGAAUGGGAAGCCAUCGGUGCCGCGGCCGAUCGAACAGAGGAAGAUGAAACUGGUCUUGGAGAUGAAAUGCGAACGGAAAGUGUUCUCCGACAAUUGACAUUCAGCAUGGUCUCCUUCGUCCCAUUCUUGUUGGAAUUCGACYGCCAAGCUCCUCCCGCAGUAUCAAACGGUUAUCGCGGCCACCCCAUCUCCACAGCAACAGCAGCUCCAACCAACUCUCCCACUCUCAGCGAUCUCCUACUCCAAGAUCCCACAUUACUGGAACCUCUGAUCCUGUUUUGCACCCACGCUUUACGGACAAGGGACACGAGAUGUUGCAGCCUCAUCUGCAAAGUCUUCAAAACCAUCAUCCCGAUUUUUGCAAACUCCUCUAGUAACAGCACCAUUUCCCCGGAAACAAUCACUUCGGUGAGGGAGUUCAUCAGCACCGAAGUUUUGAAAGCUUGUAUCGAAAGCUUGCAUGAACCAUAUUUUGCGGAAUUGCAAAAGGAUUUGGCGAGCGUCAUUGCGAGUAUCUUGCAACUCUACGCUGCUCUCACGGGAACUCCGAAGAGUGUGCUGGAAGGACUACCUGGUGUCGGAGCGAGGCGAAUCGAGGCUGCGAUGGAGAAGUUGAGGAGUACGAGAAGUGAGAGGGGUGCCCGGGGCGUUGUGCUGGAAUUAUUGGAGGGCGUCAGGGGGAGAGGUGUCGCCGAGUUGGGAAGAGUGGAGGUUGGCAAGGUUAAGCGGAAAGGGGAGACGCAGAAGAAGUGGAUGGAGGUUGAACAGACGACGACGGGGACUGGUGGAGUGGGUGUGGGAGGUGGUGGUGAGGAAUUGGAGGGUUUGGCGGGGUUGUUUGGGGAGGGGUGA